AUGCAAUCCCUAAAGCUACUCGGUCAACAGGGCCUCCUGGGUGGCGCGCUUCCGAAGCACGAUGAGGUCUCGCCGAUUUCGCCGCCCCACACGACGACUGACGCGAUGGCACGACACCUGCUGCCCGGAACUCUUCUGCUCGCCGCCUUGUGCGGACUCACCGAGGCCAUCAAGUGGACCGACUGCGGAUCGUCGGUAGGCCAAGUCGCCAGCGUGAGCGUCACGGGCUGCGAGCACACCGACACGUGCAACCUGAAAAAAGGCACCGACGUCUCCCUCAUCAUCGACUUCACCUCGAACGUGAAGAGUCCGACGGUUCAAGUGAAGGCCUACGGCGUCCUGGAGCACGUCCCGAUCCCCUUCGAUGUACCCCAGCCGGAUGCCUGCCAGAGCGGAGUCACAUGUCCAGUGCAGCCCGCCGGCAAGUACAACUAUCGAGGCUCUUUCCCGAUUAAGCCCAUGUACCCGUCAAUCUCGCUCGACAUUAAAUGGGAACUCUUGGACGACAAGGACCAGUACCUGGUCUGCGUGCUCAUUCCCGUAAAAAUCGACUGAGCUCCUGCGCCGUGUCGGCGGCACAUCGAUGGCGGCCACGACGGACAGCCUCCACUUUCGGGACUUCUCUUCAUCGUGUAAAUUCGCUUGCUGUAAUAAACGAUUGGAACGUG